AUGGCGCCAGUGUCCUCACUUCCGCUGCACGACCCGGCACCACUGCUACUACGCCGCGAGCGUCAAUUCAGCGAUGUGGACGUGGAACUAUUGGCCGAUGCAUUGCGAGGAGGUCGCGAGGCCAACCGCCGUCGCAAAUUAAUGGUGAAAUUGGUCCGCCGCCACCCGAAGGCCUACCACUACAUUAAACUAGUGCAAGACUACAACGUCGAAGACCCGUACGACCAGCAGGAAUUGUAUGUUGCGUUGGGCGAGCGUCUGCCGCUGGAAGUGCAUCGAGCCAUGUUCGUCCCGACGCUCGAGAACCAGGCCGUCAACGAGCAGCAGGCCAAGUGGCUGCCGCUUGCGAGGAGCUUCCGCAUCAUUGGGGCCUACGCGCAGACGGAAUUGGGCCACGGGUCCAAUGUGCAAGGCAUUGAGACGACGGCGGUGUACGACAAAGAGAGUCAGGAAUUUGUGAUCAACUCCCCGACGUUGACCAGUCGGAAGUGGUGGCCAGGGGGGCUGGGAAAGACGGCGACGCAUGCAAUUGUGCACGCGAUGCUGGAGGUUGGUGGGGAGAAGAAGGGGGUUCAAGCGUUCAUUGUGCCGCUGAGGUCGCUGAAGGAUCACACGCCGCUACCGGGGGUCGAACUGGGCGACAUUGGACCGAAAGUGGGCUUCAACUCGCUGGAUAACGGCUACGCGGUCUUCCGCAACGUGAGAGUUCCGAGACGGAAUAUGCUCAUGAGGUACACGAAGGUGCUGCCCGAUGGGACUUUCGUCAAGCCCAAAAGCUCCAAGCUCGUGUACUUGACCAUGACGCAGGUGAGGGCGUAUCUGAUCCUAAAGUUGAGUUUCCUGCUCGGAGCGGCGACGACCAUCACGACUCGAUUUAGCGCCGCACGCAUUCAAGGGAGGAGCAAGACAAUAGUUGGUCGGGGCUUGGAGAUGUUGCCGAAGGAGGUUCAAGUGCUGGACUACCAGAACCUGCAGCACGCAUUGCUGCCGUUGAUUGCAUUGGCCUACGCGGCCAAUUUUGCUGAACGAGCGAUGACGGCGUUGCACGAUGAUACUCUGAAGUUGGUGAAAAGGGGGCACGACUCUUUCGACUUGCAAGUAGCUGAAGUACAUGCAGUGUCGUCUGGAUUGAAGGCGCUGCUGGCAGACCGAGUGAACGAUGGGAUCGAGCAGUGCCGUCGUUUGUGCGGAGGGAGCGGUUUUCUGCAGGCGAGCAAUUUGCCGCAUCUCUUCGCUGAAAACGUGGGGCCUUGCACGUUUGAAGGCACUUUCGACGUGCUGGUUCAGCAGCACGCACGUUAUCUGCUGAAGGCUUUUGCCCGAGAGAAGCGCUCCAGCGACUCGAACGAAGCUAGCGAUGAAGAGACUCCAACGAGCUUCUUGCGCUACACCGAUCUGUACGUCAACCAUCGACUCCGCUGCAACGUCCAUCACGCAGCAGACUUUGGCAGUUUCCACGUUCUCACAGACGCGUUUGAGGUGCGCGCCGCGCGCUCCAUCCAGCGACUUGCAGACGCUAUGGAGUCAAACAAUGGUCAAAACGCAUGUAUGCUGCUCAUGACCGCCGCCUCGACGCAUCACGCGGAAUUGAUGCUGCUCAAGUCCUUCAUUUCAGGAGUGUACUCGUUACCUUCAGGCAAGACCAAGGCUGCAGUGGCGCAGCUUUGCCAGCUCUUCGGAGCUGCUCAGGGGGAUAUGGCUCAUCAGCUAGAAAAGCUGCUGCCUCCAGUGCGUCGCAACGCUGUCCGCCUCACGGAUUCCUGGGAUUUCAGCGACUUCGAGCUCAACUCGGCUAUCGGCCGAUACGACGGAGACAUCUAUCGCGCUCUCGUGGACCAAACCAAACGCGAACCUCUCAACGCCUCGGAGGUUCCGGAGGGAUACGACCAAUAUCUCCGCCCGCUUUUCAAGUCAUCGUUGUAG